AUGAUGACAACAGCCGAAGUCGAAGAACUUGUUGAAGACUUUAUUAGAGUAGCAAAACGUGUACAAAACGUCGGAGCUGAUGGAGUUUGUGUUCAUGCAGCUCACGGCUUCAUGUUAUCCGAAUUCCUUUCACCACAUUACAAUAAGAGAACAGACAAAUACGGUGGAAGUCCAGAAAACAGAAGAAGAAUUUUCAAAGAAAUUGUUGAAGGAAUUCGUUCAACUUGUGGAAAAGAUUUCUUUAUCUCUACAAAGAUCAAUGGUGCUGAUCAUUGUGAAAACGGUCUCACUGCCAAAGAUUUCGUUCAAAAUGUCAUUAAUACACCUGGAUUAGACAUGGUUGAAGUAUCUUGUGGCUUCCAAAAUGCUGCUGGAUGCAGAACACCAUCAUUCAAGGGAAUUAAUGGUAUUAGAUUCAAACCAGCCUACAAUCUUGGUGAAGCUCUUGAAUUAAGAAAAGUUUCUGACAUUCCUAUCGCUGUUGUUGGUGGAUUCAGAAAACUAAAGGAUAUGGAAGAUGCUCUUAAGCAAGGAAUCCAACUUAUUUCUGUUGGAAGACCAAGUAUUUGCGAUCCACACGUUGCCAAACACUUGAUGUAA